CAAUAAGAGUGAAUAAGGAGGGCAAUCCUGCAGGCGAGAUGGUGCAGGCGGGGUAAAUAAGGCGGCGGCUCAUCAGUCCCUCGCUCCCGCUCAGCUUUACCAGGCGUCACCCAGUGGCCAGUGCUGUGCUGCCAUGGCUCUCAGGGGGCCAAUGCUGUGAUGGCCUCAAGGGAGAGUGGAAAUUUGAGUGGAGGCGGAGGAGUUGCAGCAACUGCAGCAGCAAUAGCAGCAGCUGGCACUAGUCCCCAUCAACAACAGCAACAGCACAAUCCUGCACAGGCACCCAUGACUGCAGCCGGGGCAGGUGGGAGUGUAGGCUCCCUUCCAGCUGGAGGAUCACAGGCAACAGUGGCUGCAGCAGCAGCAGGUGGAGGGGCAGCAGAGGGGGCUGGAAGAGUAAGCAAUGUACAGCGUAUCCAGCAGAAGAAGGCACAAGUUCGAGCAUGGCCGAGGGACAAGAAGCUGGAGAAGCUGGCCAUUUACUCAGCGUGUAAAGGUGAUGAGAAUUGCAAGUGCAAUGGGUGGAAAAACCCGACUCCCCCAACCCAUCCUGCCCGACCAGACACACCACAGCCAGCAGCACCCCCAUCACAGCCCUGCCGCAGCUGCUCCCACAUGCUGAGUAAACAUGUCAGCCACCUCGAGUCUGCCAGUGACGACGACCUUGACCGCCUGCUCUCCAUUGUGGUGGAUGUGGAGAACCUCUUCAUCUGUGUCCAUCGGGAGGAGGACCCUGACACCAAGCAGGUGUACUCGUACCUGUUCCGACGGCUGCGGAAGUGUAUCCUUCAAGUGACGCCCCCAACUGUGGAAGUGCCUCUGGGAACACCACCCUUUGAGCGGCCCUCCAUCUUCAAGGGUGUCACCAACUUUGUCUUCCAUAAGUUUAACCGCCUGCAGCAGAAGGACUUUCAAAUGAUGAGUGACCUUGCCAAGAUGUUUCUUCACUGCCUCAACCACUGGCGACUAGAGACACCCUCUGCUCGCCGUGCCCACACCACUCCAGAGGAGAGCUCAGCUUACAAAGUCAACUAUACCAGAUGGCUUUGCUUCAGCUACGUGCCCCAGCUGUGCGACUCCCUCCCCCAUCACGAAACCACAGCCAUAUUUGGCCGCACUUUUCUCCGGGCAGUGUUCCAUACCUUACGCAAGCAGCUGCUGGACAAGUUCCGAGCUGAGAAGGACAAGAUGCCACCAGAGAAGAAGCUGCUCUUACUGAACCACUUCCCAAGAUUCCUUUCCAUGUUGGAGGAAGAGGUGUACUCAAACUCCUCCCCUAUAUGGGAUGCUGACUACCGCCCACAGCUGCCACCACACCUCCAUGCACAGGCCACUGAGAGAGCCUCGGGAGGAAGUGGAGUGACACGUGGUGAGUUUGAGAGACUAACGGUUCCUCCAGGAGAAGGCCAGUACACCACGGUGAACCUCACACCUGCUGCCACCCGCCGAGCUCGCCUGGAGGAGAGCAGCCGAGGAGAAAAGCGUGAAGGGGACGAUGUUUGUGAGAACAGCAAUAAUAGUAGCAGCAGCAGUAGCAGCAGUAGCACCACCACCACUAGCAACAACAGCAACAGCAGUAAGAGGAUGAAGCUGGAAUCUGAGGAUCUUGGAGAGGAUAUGGUGGCAGAAGUUGUGGCUACCAUCACUGACCCCAGGAAGAUGGUUGGGCCGGAGGUACUCUUCUCAGAGAAUGCAGCAAGGGAUGAGGCAGCUAAGCUGGAGGAGCGCAAGGGUAACAUAGAGUUCCAUGUAAUAGGCAACUCACUGACCCAAAAGGUAUCCAAGCAGACCAUGUUGUGGCUCAUUGGUCUGCAGAAUGUGUUCUCCCAUCAGCUGCCCAGAAUGCCCAAGGACUACAUCACACGUCUCGUCUUUGACCCGAAGCAUCGCACUCUGGCCCUCAUUAAGGACAACCGUCCUAUUGGAGGGAUCUGCUUCCGGAUGUUUGCCACGCAGGGCUUCACCGAGAUUGUGUUCUGUGCCGUCACUUCUAAUGAACAAGUGAAAGGUUACGGCACACACAUGAUGAACCACCUCAAGGAUUACCACGUUAAAAACAAUGUCCUCCACUUCCUGACGUUUGCAGAUGAAUUUGCCAUUGGAUACUUCAAGAAGCAAGGAUUCAGCAAGGACAUACAGCUGGCCCGUUCAGUGUAUCAGGGAUACAUUAAAGACUAUGAAGGUGCCACACUCAUGGGCUGUGAACUCAACCCCAAUAUUGUAUACACAGAGUUCACAGCUGUCAUCAGGAGACAGAAAGAGAUAAUAAAAAAACUCAUUGAGAGGAAGCAGAGUGAAAUCCGGAAGGUGCACCCUGGACUGACAUGCUUCAGGGAUGGCGUGCGAGAAAUUCCAGUAGAGAGCAUACCAGGGAUCCGGGAGGCUGGAUGGAAGGGACCCCCUGCAUCAAAGCCUGUGCGCUCCCCAAGCCAGGAGCACCAGGAGGCUGAGUACCUAACCAGCAUGCUGAAGACUCUCUUGUGCAAUGUCAAGAACCACACAGCUGCCUGGCCCUUCCAAGUCCCAGUGGACCCCAACGAAGUACCUGAUUACUACGACCAUAUAAAGUGUCCCAUGGGAUGGUGGACAUCUGGAACAGCUUGAGUGAAGAGAUUAUAACAGUAGAAAAUGUGCAUACAUUUAAGGAAAAGUUGCAUAAAAGUAGAUAUGGAGACAGGUCACUAUGAGCCCCACUCAAAUCCUGUAAUGUACAACUAGGUAAAUAAACACACACAUUCACACACGUGUACACAAACCAUUCCAGGAGGUUGCACGAAUGGUGAGUAAUUUUUCUCAUAAGUAAUGUAAAUUGGAUUUUAUCUGUUCCAGACCUACAAGAUUGCUCAUUUAAACUUAACUUUGUGGUAAUAUUUUAAGCCUAAAAUACACACUUGUUUUAUACACAAGUAUAGCAGCAUUUGUUUGGGCAUGUUAGUAUGUUGUAGUGAAUUAAUUUUCUUUGAUUAUUAGUAUUUUAUCAUUAUGAUAAUUUAGAAUUUGUUUUAUUUAUUAUGAUUCUCUUCACUGUUUGGUAUGUAGGAUCACUUGUGGCAUCAGUCAGUUACUCUUCAUCUCAGAUGAUGAGUGAGCACACAAGAUGCCCUGGGUGUUGCACUGGUGGGGGUACAUAUAAUCACAAAAUAAAGUCCAAGGAUUGGAAUAACAGUAAACACUGAAUGUGGAACAGCUCCAGUGUAUUCAUUAGACUGCAAAAUAAGCACAGCGCUAGCACAAGACUGACCUGAGGUGACUGCAUGGUUCUGCCAAUAAUAAGGUGAUGCUACCUGAACCACAGGGUGGAUAAAUUGAUUUCUCGAUUUACAGGAGGGUAUAUAUAUAUAUAUAUAUAUAUAUAUAUAUAUAUAUAUAUAUAUAUAUAUAUAUAUAUAUAUGAGAGUGACUGGGCACCCACCCUGCAGUCCCUGCAAUAUGUAUCCUAUAUAAAAUACUUUUGUGCACCUCUCAGCUGGAAUAAACAAAGGAUCAUCAUUGCUAUAGUAACAGUGUACAAGUGACAGCAAGACGGCACACGCUGACCUUGAAGAGAUUUAUCAUGCAUCACAAGCUGUCCUGAAAGUGAAGCACCUCUGUGCUGUGACCAGCUGUGAUGACAAUAUGAUGGCCCAAAC